CACUUGACUGGAGCAUCACUAGUGUAUCGUGUCUUGGUUGACUGUGUUUGUUUGGGUUUAAAGACCACAGUGUUGGAGUGGAGGUGGAGGAGGAAACGGGACAGAUAGUCUCUUGAAGAAAUAGAUGAUGAUGUGGGCUGAUGUGAUCGGAUCACCGGUUGGUUGACUGUGGGACUUGGGAACGCCAACAUGGAGGUCCGGUUUGGGCCUGUGGUGUUCAGCUCACGGUUCGACUCCGGCAACCUGGCCCGGGUGGAGAGGGUGAACCGGACUGGGUCGGGCGGUGAAGCUGUGGGGACGAACGGCACCGGUGGUUCUCUCUCCACCCCAGACUACGAGUUCAACGUCUGGACCAAACCCGAUUGUGCAAACACAGAGUUUGAGAAUGGCAACCGGUCCUGGUUCUACUUCAGUGUGCGUGGCGCAGCCCCUGGAAAGCUGCUGAAGAUUAACGUCAUGAACAUGAACAAGCAGAGCAAGCUCUACUCUCAGGGCAUGGCUCCAUUUGUGCGUACACUGCCUGUGAAGACACGUUGGGAAAGGGUUCGAGAGCGGCCAACGUUUGAGCUGUCGGAGAACCAGUUCACCCUGUCGUUUGUCCACCGGCUGCUAGAGGUGCAGGGGGCCACCACCUACUUUGCCUUCUGCUACCCGUUCUCCUACUCCGAGUGUCAGGACAUGCUUCAGCAGCUGGACCAGAGGCUGCUCAGUAACGCACAGUCUCUGGGGCCAUGCAGUCCUGUGGACUCUGUGUACUACCAUCGGGAGCUGCUGUGCCACUCCCUGGACGGCCACCGGGUGGACCUGCUCACCGUCUCCUCCUGCCACGGCAUCCAGGACGAGAGGGAGCCCCGGCUCGACAAGCUCUUCCCUGACCACGACACCCCCAGGCCACACCGCUUCACAGGGAAACGGGUGUUUUUUCUGAGCAGUCGAGUGCAUCCUGGCGAGACGCCGUCCAGUUUUGUCUUCAACGGCUUCCUGAAGUUCAUCCUGAACCGCGAGGACCCGCGGGCCCAGAUGCUGCGCAGGAUGUUUGUCUUCAAACUCAUUCCCAUGCUCAACCCUGACGGUGUCGUCAGGGGUCACUACAGGACCGACUCGCGUGGCGUCAACCUGAACCGGCAGUACUUGAACCCCAGCCCGGAGCUGCACCCCUCCAUCUAUGGGGCCAAGUCCCUGCUGCUCUACUACCACCAGAACAACCAGGGCCCCCACCCCACAUGCUGGAAGCCCCCCAUCAGCUCGCCCGCGCAGCACGGCGGCCCCCUCAGUGCCAAGAUCUCCAACCUGGCCAACACCACCGCCACCGCCGCCCCCCACCACCAUCAUCACCACGCCCACAGCCCCAACAGCUCCUCGUCCUCCAACCCAGGGACCAAUCAGCAGCCCAGCUCCGAGCUGGAGCAGCUCAACCGGAGGAACCAGGCCGAGCGCAGCGGGGACGUCCUGGGGAUCGCCCUAGGGGACGGCUUGGGUAUCGGGAGCUCCGGCGCUCCCCGAGGCCUGCCCAUUCGGCAGCUGCAGGAGGGGGGCGGCAGCGAGGUGGGGGGCGGCAGCUGGGAGAAGGAGGCGGUGGUGGAGCGCGAGGAAGGCCCCUGCGAUGAGAAUGAGUCGGUGGUGGCCAGCUCUGCAGCGUCGUCGGUGGCCUCCACACCAGGCUCCGCUGUCCCGACCCCCACCACCACCACCACCACCGCAGCCGCCACCACAGCAGUAGAGAAAGUCCCGCCGCAGGACAGCGGGGUGGCCUAUUAUGUGGACCUGCACGGCCACGCCUCUAAGCGGGGGUGCUUCAUGUACGGGAACAGCCUGGCGGACGAAAAUGAUCAGGUGGAAAAUCUGCUCUAUCCAAAGCUCAUUGCAGUCAACUCUGCUCACUUUGACUUCUUGGGGUGUAACUUCUCGGAGAAGAACAUGUAUGCGAGGGACAAGCGUGACGGACAGUCCAAAGAGGGCAGUGGGAGAGUGGCCAUCCACAAAGCUAUCGGACUUGUGCAUUGUUACACUCUGGAGUGUAACUACAACACAGGCCGCUCCGUUAACACCGUCCCACCGGCCUGCCAUGACAACGGACGCGCCACCCCACCACCACCUCCCACCUUCCCACCAAAAUACACUCCAGACAUUUUUGAGCAGGUGGGGCGUGCGAUUGCCGUGGCCGCCCUGGACAUGGCAGAGUGCAACCCCUGGCCGCGGCUCAUCCUGUCCGAGCACAGCUGCCUGCCCAACCUGCGCGCCUCGCUGCUCAAACACGUGCGCAACAGCAAAGGCGUCAACAUGGCCUCCCGCAGGAACGGCUUCAAAAAUGGCAGCCCGCCCAAAAGCAGUGGUCUCAGCACGUCUGCCUCUGAGAACGCCCUGAAUCGCGUGCGCAACUGCAGCACGGGCGUGAGCGCACCGCACGGAGGCCACCAGCAGGGGCCGCUGCAGCUGAAGAGCUCCCCCAGCUUCACCUUCGGCUUCAGCCCUGCUGCUGCCGCCCCUUCCUCCUCCUCCUCCACCUCUGGCACAACACACAGGCCACACGGCCACAGAUCCCUGGGACCAGUCAGAGGCAACAGCUGUCCUGACUUCGGCUCGACGUCACAAGGCAAAGACCUUCCGCCGCGCGCUGGCACCACCCCGAGGUGCGGCCGAGGGGUCAAGACGGGCGCGGGCCACCACGACACACCACAACAGAGGCGGAGCCCACUCAAAAAACAGACCUCUUUGACCACCGAACCCAUCAACCUUCUGUCCUCCAUUGAAUUCACCAAGUGCGAGCUGAAGCAGAGACCGAGCCGGAUACCUGUGCGGCAGGCCGGAUCCAAUGACACGCUGGCCUUACCGACACGCUCAUCUUCUUCACCCAAGAAAAACAAGCACUCAGCCACCAACGCCACUGUCAACAGCAGCACCAGCAGCGCCACCCUGAAGGUGUGGAAACUGAUCAGGCCUGGUAUCAAGAAGCACCUGUCCUUUACAGGUGUGACUGUGAAGGAGGGUCCGGCCCUGCGCCUGGCAUCUAGAGUCCUCAUCAGGACCCCUGCUGCACACAACUAUCUGUACUCGGACAACACAGGAGCAGAUACAACGGUGGAGGUGGCCAGCAUCCAGUCCUUGCAGGAUAUCAUCCCUGACGUGGUGUCUUCAGAGCCAGCAGCGUUGUGUGGGAAUGUGCCUUUGGUGACUGAGGCAUAGGCCAUCAGCCACCAUGCUGUUGGGGAACCCACUGGUACAGAUGGAGGUGUUGCAGCGGCAGCAGCAGAGGACUUCAUAAACCCUUUCCCGCCUUUCACAUACAGUAGAUAUUAUGAAGAGCUCUUUUCCGAAAUGCGAUAUACCCAGGAUACUUUGAGUUAGAACAUGUAUGGCAUGCUCUUAUCCAGAUUAUUUGUAGGCUUCUUGGGUUUGGGUGCUCUUAAGUCUAAGGUUUUUGUAGAUCCAGGCUCAAAAAUGAGAAAAAACUAUCUAAGUCACUGCGAAUUAAAAUGUCUUUAUCAAUUUGAUAAGUCUUACAUGGACAUAUUAAAAACAAGGCCCACACGUAGUGGCAUGAGCGCCGCCUUCAGGGCCCUUUUUUUUUAAUAUGUCCAUGUAGGACUUGUGAAAUUGAUAUAGACAUUUUAAUUUGCAGUGCCUUAGUCAGAGAAUUUGUUCUCAUUUUUUAACCUGUAUGCAAUUUUAAAAAAUAUUCCUUUUUUUAACUACUGAUUAUCUAAAUAAGAUGUAUAUAAUUUAAGUAUGUUGACGUUUGAAUUUAGUAAAUAUCAGAAAACAUUAACCCAGUUUAAGUUGCCUUGAUGCCGUCUUAAAAAAAAAGAUGUAUGAAAAUUGUAUUUAAAUGGCUUUUAUUGUGUUUAGGAAAAGAGCUUUUCAUAUGCAGUUUUGCACAUUGGCGUAUUCUAGGGAACUGGUUGUGUGAUUUAUACAUUAGAUUUAUUAGUCAAAGGACAUUAUAGGAGCACAAAACUGUGUUCCAUUUUACCAUGUGCUUUGGCUUCAUGGAAUAUACCCCAAAAUCAAUGCACCUUUUCAAUAUACUACACUCCCUUAUUAUUUUGCACAUGAAGAUUAUUUUGCUUCAUGAAGACAUGAAGAAGGUGAACUCUUUGAUUUGCUGAAACUUGCACAGGCCAGCCGUUGAAUAGCCGAAACAGGACCUUUAACUGCAGUUCUAUAACUUUACCAUAGUAGCCUCCAUAAAAAGAAAUGCAGACUGAGAUACUCAUUGUUAUAAUUUGACUGUUUGGCUUUUCAAUAAUGGUUGCAUGACAGUUUUGUUUUU